AUGGUUGCACUGGUAGCUAUCCAGCUGUUGUCGCCCAUAAUCGCCCUGCAAGAGAAGUCCAUGCCGUCGCCUCGGCUUCCUGCGUCCAGCGGGUGGUCCGCAGUCAUGAUGCGUGUUCGCCCGGUCUGGAAAACGUUCCAUCAGCGACAUGUCCAGAAUCACCGCAUUGGCGUUGAUGUAGAGAUUGUCGUCAGCAAUGAUCGAAGCCGUGGUCGCCAAAGGGUGCAUCUGGCGGGUCAAACCAGGCACUCUAGAGCAGCCCAGCAAUCGAGUUGUAAACCCAUCAUCAUUUUGCCAUAUUCUGGCGUGCUGGAGACGGUUGGUUUUUUGAGUGCCAGAUUUGUGAGCUCACGGGUAUCUGGGAUUGACCAUAAAUAUAUUUAUCGUCGCUCACCGCCACGCGUAACCCCACUAGCCACUGUACUCAUGUAA